AUGCCGCUUCCGGCUCCUCCGGAGGAACAAGCAUUGUCUCUGGCCUUGGGAGGCCACAAAGCCAGCCACAGGAAGCGCCCUGAUGAAAACAACGUCCCCGCGUCGGCCGCGGCCGUCAGAGAAGCAACGAAUCAGGACAAGACUCACAUUUGCCCUUUGUGCCACAAGUCGUUCCCGACGGGGCAAGCGUUAGGCGGGCACAUGAGGGCCCACUACGAGGGCAAUAAACAACAAGCCACAGUCGAGAGCAGGGAGGCGCCGGCGGCACCGUCGUCUUCGCUGACGGAGUGCUCGACUACGAGGGGCCUGGGAAUUGACCUCAACCAGCCGCCGGCGCCGGAAGCGGCGAGCUCUCAGUCGGUUGCGGCAGCCACGUCUCAGCCUCCUCGCUUCUUUAGUUUCUUUUAA